AUGAUUCCUCUCUUCAACAAAGUGCUUCCUCUCUUGAUCAAGAUGCUUCCUCUCUUCAUCAAGAUGCUUCCUCUCUUCUUCAAAGUACUUCCUCUCUUGAUCAAGAUGCUUCCUCUCUUCAUCAAGAUGCUUCCUCUCUUCUUCAAAGUACUUCCUCUCUUGAUCAAGAUGCUUCCUCUCUUCAUCAUGCAGCUUCCUCUCUUCAUCAAGAUGCUUCCUCUCUUCUUCAAAGUACUUCCUCUCUUCAUCAAGAUGCUUCCUCUCUAA